AUGUCUGCUCCCGAGCUCGCUUCGUCGUACGCGGCGCUGAUCCUCGCCGACGAUGGCGUUGAAGUCACCGCCGACAAGCUGCAGAGCCUGAUCAAGGCCGCCAACGUCGAAGUUGAGCCCAUCUGGACCUCCAUCUUCGCCCAGGCUCUGGCAGGCAAGGAUAUCAAGGACUUGCUCGUCAACGUCAGCUCUGGCAGUGGUGCCGCUGCCCCUGCUGCCGGUGGUGCCGCUGCCGCCGGUGGCGCAGACGCCCCUGCUGCAGAGGAGAAGAAGGAAGAGGAGAAAGAAGAGUCGGACGAGGACAUGGGCUUCGGUCUCUUCGACUAA